AUGAGUGUGCUUCUCAUAGAAGCCUUUUAUGGUGGCUCCCACAAACAGCUGAUGGAUCUUCUCCAAGAAGAGCUACGAGAUGACUGUGUCCUCUGUACACUGCCUGCCAAGAAGUGGCAUUGGAAAGCACGGACUGCUGCUCUUUAUUUCAUGCAAACAGUGCCAGCAAGCACCAAUUACAGGAUCCUCUUUGCAAGCUCGGUGCUUAACCUGGCUGAACUCGCUGCCCUCCGCCCUGACCUUGGCAAAUUGAAAAAGGUUCUCUACUUCCAUGAGAACCAAUUGGCAUAUCCUGUCCAGAAAUGCCAGGAAAGGGAUUUUCAGUAUGGAUACAACCAGAUUCUUUCAUGUUUGGUCGCUGAUGUCGUGGUGUUCAACUCGGCUUUUAACAUGGAAUCCUUUCUUACAUCCAUUGGAAGAUUUAUGAAGCUGAUUCCUGACCACAGACCCAAGGAUUUGGAAAAAAUAAUCCGACCCAAGUGCCAAGUUCUUUAUUUUCCAGUCAGGUUUCCUGAUGUGAGCAGGUUCAUGCCAGAACAUAAGCUUGCCCAUUUGGAGAAGGUAAUUGCUGUUAAAAGACAUGGAGAUGCUUAUCAAUCAGAGGGCCUGCCUGGCCAGCAGAAUGGCAGAGCUUUAAUGAGAAACAGCAACACACACCAUGAGUCUGGACUUUGUGAAGCCCAGCCUGGACUUGAUACCACACAGCUCGAGGGGCUGCCUUCCCCAGUAACAGCACCAGUGAGACUGAGCAAGUCUGAAGCAUCAGAGAGUACAAAUCCUUGUCAAGAAGAAGAUAAGCAACGUUUGACUUUUAACCUCUCUAAUACCUUGAGUGGACUGGACGAUCAGCAAAGACCUUUACACAUUGCCUGGCCUCACAGGUGGGAACAUGACAAAGAUCCUGAAACUUUCUUUAAAGUCCUGCUGCAGCUGAAAGAGAAAGAUCUCCCUUUUCAUGUCUCUGUCCUUGGAGAGACUUUCACUGAGGUUCCAGAUAUCUUUUCAGAAGCCAAAAAAGCCUUGGGAUCUUCUGUCUUGCACUGGGGCUACUUAGCCAGCAAAAAUGACUAUUUCCAGGCUCUGUGUAUGGCUGAUGUUGUCAUCUCUACAGCUAAACACGAAUUCUUUGGCGUGGCAAUGAUCGAAGCUGUCUAUUGUGGCUGCUAUCCGCUGUGUCCCAAAGCCUUGGUGUAUCCAGAGAUAUUUCCAGCUGAAUAUCUGUAUUCUACACCUGAACAGCUUUUUAAAAGGCUUCAGAAUUUCUGCAAGAGGCCAGAUAUUGUAAGGAAACAUCUCUAUAAGGGCGAGACGGCUGGCUUUGCUUGGGCAGCGCUCGGCGGUAAAUUCAGGUCUCUGCUCGCAGCAGAACCAAGGGAAGAUUUGUGA